AUGAAUGACCGUGUCGCUGCUGGCAUCCCCAAACCUCUCCCCAGUCCUGGCAGGGACGAGAAAUUGCCCCCUCCUCCCCCAGAAGCGAACAAUGCUUGGAACCCUCCAGCCCCUCCAAAGGUUAUUCAAAAUCCAGAUCCGGAAGAAUUGGGGAUUCCAUCUCCAUCUGCACCACAGACUUCUUUGGACCGAAAACCAAAGAAGUCAAAUCCACUUAAUGAUCUCAUCGACUCUGAGAAGGUGUACGUUGACCUGCUCACUGGUAUAAUCCGCAAAGUUGCGUCGGCUUGGUCUCGGUCCAAUCUUCCUCCACCUGAAUUGGAUACCAUGUUUCGAAGUGUGGAAACCAUCCACAAAGCUAACCGUUCAUUGCUCGCCAAAUUGAAACAGAUAGGAACCGACCCAUCCUCUCCGAAGGCGCUUGGAGAUCUACUCAUGCGAUGGAUUGACGACUUGGAAACUCCGUAUACAACAUACAGUAGCAAGUACUGCUGUGGGUUCGAUGCCUGGGAACCUAUUCAGUCCAAUGAGCGACUGCGCACUGUACUCGCCAUGUUCUCGUCAACACAUCCCCCCCCGCUUCCCGCGUCAGCACCGCUUCAUCCUGCAGAGCCCCCCAUCUGGACGCUGGACGAGCUAUUCUUACUCCCAAAGGGCCGCCUGAAGUAUUAUAGGAAACUGUAUACGCGGCUAUUGAAGAGUACUACACCUGGAAGGAGUGAUCAUCGACUUCUGUCUGGUGCACUAGAGAAACUGGAAAGGCUCAUUGCUACUGUCGAUGAGCGAACGGAGGUAAAAGUAGGGGGUGUGCCGGUAACACAGUUGCCCCGGGAGACUGAAGACGAGGUCGUCAUUGAUAUGCGGUCGCACGACAGUAUAAUGCCCCUCCGAUCGUUCACCAACGGUCCCGAGCAAAGGGCAAGUGAUUCUACUCAUGGCAGUAAUAGCACCUCGAGUGGGGAACGACGAUCGAAUGAUACCGCCCCUACGUCUGAGGAUCGCACUUCUGUAUCAACUCUGUCCAUGCCUGUCACUGAUUUGGAAAGACGGUUGAGGACCGAGCGUACUCUCGAUAUUUUUACGAUGCAACCUAAGCAAGUGCGCCUUCAAAUGGCCCCGCCUACUCUGCACUACAGCCGUGAAGUACGCUUUUCAGCAGAUGUCGUCGUCAGCGUCACUCCUCGUGCGACAGGCGCAGAAGUUGUACAUCGAAGGGGGCAUGUCUUCAUACUGACCGACUUGCUACUUGUAUGCGAACGAAUGACUUCACAAGAGAGGGUGCAGAACGGGCGCGAUGGAGCAGACAUGUGGCUGCUGUACCCUCCGUUAGCUGGGAAACAUCUACGCGUAGUUCCGAUCAGUAGCUCAGAUACUUCACUAUCGGUUGUCAUCAUGCGAAAGGAGACCGUGAUAUUCCACACGACGACCCCUGCAUUGCGAGAUCAGAUGGUUACUGAGUUCCGUGAAUGUAUCGAUGCGGCUACCAUUCUGCUACCUUCGUCUAAGAAUGCUGCUCCGCCUCCCCCGGUACCUGCUCUUCCUUCGAUGAAUGGCUUGCCACAACAUCCUCGUCCUCUAUUGUCAAAGGAUCUACGCCAACGCAGCACGAGUCCUCCUGCCCGUGCCCUCUCACCUCCUCGUGGUCCUGGUAAUCGCUAUGCACCUCAACCACCGUACAAUAACCCUGACUUUGACCCAGCCAUUGUGAACGGUGUUUCAGGACUUGCUCUCCAUACCGGGCAUGUUCAGACCGUCUCCACUAAUCAGUCGAGCCCAAUGUAUCCACCGCGGAGUUCAUCUGCCGUUGAUGAACCUCCAGGACAGCUUGCGCAUGGUUCGUCAUUUGGACCGGGCCAGAUGACGCCACCUCAGCCACACUACGGUGCUCUGGGAGGCCAAGGUCCUCAGUCCUUUACUCCUGGUCAACUUGUCCGCGGUCCGUCAUUUGGUUCCGGACAAGUAACAGUUCCUCAACCUGUCAUGGAUGGUCGUGGGCCCCCACCGCCCGGCCCACUUGCGCGUGGUCCAACUGUCGGAUCGGGAAGGGGAGGUCCCCCUCAGCCGUCGUUUGAGCCCGGGCAGCUGAUGCCUUCUGGAAGUUUCAACCCUGGACAACACCCUGGACAACACCCUGGACAACUCAUGUCUUCACAGUCGUACGGUCCUGGUCCUGGUCAAAUGCCACCUCCCAGAAAUCCGAACUUUCGACCACCACCUCCCGACUCAGGAUUCCGCCCAGGUAUGGGACUACCUCAGGGACCCGGGCAGGGUGCACCGGGCGGACCCCCCGGUGGACCUCCUCUCUCUGGUCUCCCAGGACAUCCGUCACCUUACGGCCAACCGCAGUCACGCCCAUCUUCCGAUUCCUCGUCCCAAGGUGGGUUGCGCAAGUCUCCCUCUUCACGUUCUCUUAGAUCGCAGCCCGAUCGUACACCCGCUUCAGCGCCUCCUGUGCCAGAUUAUCCUUUGGAUCUUACGGACCUCCCUCCGCCGAGACCUGGCUUCCUACCUCGCACUAGCUCGUCGAGUUCGCUGUACUCAUUGCCGAGUUCGCUGUAUGCGCAACCUCACCAGACACUUCAAUCUGCCCAAAUGAGCGUGCGUUCGAUGUCCAUUGCUCCCUCUUUCGUGGACCCGAGCCCGCCAAGCUCGCCUGUGGAAGAGACCCCUCCGCAGCUCGGCCCCACCACGUCGACCAUCUCUGCACAAAUGAAGUGCAAGGUGUUCUUGCAGCAAUAUCAUUCGCAGUGGAAGUCCUUGGGCACUGCGAAGCUCAAGCUGUACCGGGAGUCUCCGACGAACAUCAAGCAGCUUGUCGUGGAGGCAGACAACAGAAGCAAGUCAGUACUGAUUUCCACGAUCGUGUUGUCCGACGGCGUGGAGCGUGUUGGCAAGACCGGUGUGGCGGUCGAGCUGAGCGACAAGGGCCAGCGGACGGGCAUCAUCUACAUGAUCCAACUGCGCAACGAGACAUCCGCGCAAGGGCUGUUCGAUAGCUUGUUGGCUGGGUCGGAUAGGUUCCUGCCGGAUCGCCCAUAG